AUGCUUUCGCUCCUUUCUCUUCCCUCAUAUCAGCCGCAACUUUUCUCUCUGAUCUCUCGAUGCUGGAUCCUUCUGAUCGUCAUCAGCUGUUUACCCGGCUGUCAAGGAGUAACAUUCUAUUUUGGGGGUAAGUAAAUAGACUGCUUAGGCGUCAGUUUGAGCACUUAUCUUGUUACACAGUUAAUUCAAUGCCCUUGGGAGCUAAAUUUAAAACAAACACGGUUGUUGUAGUGUAGCCUACAUUUGACGUACUUGAAAUUAACAUGCUCUCAGGUUAAUUGAACAAUUUUUAGCCGAGAAAACACCGCUAGAACAACAAAACUUUGCGACGUUGGCGGCGAAACCAAACUCAUUGAGUAAUGAUGAGCUGAAAUCGGUCUAUUCCUUCUGCAAUUUACUCCCUUUGCUACAAGCAACAGGACGGAUGAACAUGGACAAAAGAUCGUCAGAGACCUGCACGCAAUUGAUGAAGAUUCUGAAGCCCAUCUUCGACAAGCGAUCCACGAUGAAAAGAUCUUCGAAUUUCGAAGCUGAGGUGCCAACUCACAGGAUACGAACCCCCGGAUCCAGGAGGAUUUCACGGCCGUUCUUCGACCUCCUUUAA